AAUAAUUUUCAUAUGAACAGUUUUGGAAGAACUACUGUCAGACAGACAACUCCAACUGAAUUUAUUUACUAGUUUAAUUAGUGUAAAAAAAAAAAAAAUUAAUAUGAUAUGUCGACUUAUUUUUUUCAUGAUUUUCUAUGAAUUGCCAUAUUUAAGUACUUCAACAGUAAAGGACAGUAAUGCUUACGAUGUAUAUCUGAUAAGACAAGAAUCACCAUUGGAAUAUUUUAUGAUUGAAAAUGCAAAUACAAAUAUAAACAAACAUAAACUAACAAACGAAAAUAUUACGCUGUUUAAGCACUUAGAUAGUGAAUACUAUGCUGAGAUAUUAGUAGGAAAGCCUGGACAAAAGUUCCGUGUAAUUUUUGAGACGGCGUGGGGUGAUAUGUGGAUACCAUCAAAAUUGUGUUCAAAAACAUUAUCUCCACUGUGUAUAUCGAAAAACCUGUACGAUUCAAAUAUUUCUUCGACACACAAGUCAAUCGAUCCGGCUCCGUAUGAAGCAAUGGGACUAAGUGGAAACUUAACAUGCGACACGGUUAGGCUAGCUCAUAUGAACGUGUCCGACUUGGUAUUUGCUGAGAUUAAAGAGAUUCCUAAUACCGAGGAAUUCCAAAACAUGUAUGCCGAUGGAAUAAUCGGUUUAGGAUACCAAAGUCUAUCUAAAAUCGAUUCGGAUCCAUUUUUUUACAAGCUUCUCGGUGACAAAAAGAUUUUAAACCCGAUUUUUUCGGUAUACUUGAACCGUGAUGUUAAUACAAAUAAGGGAGGAACGAUAUUUCUCGGAGGUGUAAGCAAAAAACAUAUAGACGGUGAAAUUACCUACAUUCCAGUCACAAGUAAGAACUACUGGCAGAUUGAAAUGAAUCAAUUUUCAGUCCAGUUGAAUAAAACAAAUGCAAAAACGUUUUGUAAUCCGACGUGUCAAGCAAUAUUGAGUACGGGUUCAAACAAAAUCGGUGUACCCAAAGAACACGUAGCUGCUAUUAAUACUUUAAUUGAUGCCGAAGAAUACUUCAACAACAGAUACGUGGUAUCCUGUUUACAAGUGAAUAAAUUGCCAACCAUCACAUUGAAUUUUGGUGGUCGUGAUUUCCAUAUAAGCGGAAGACACUAUAUACAGAAAAUCGAUAAUGAAACAAAUGGACUGAUUUGUAUGAGUGUAUUCUGUGACUCGAAUUUGCCCGGUGGUCUUUGGUCAUUGGGUGGUGGAUUUUUAUCCAGUGUCUACACAACAUUUGACUUAGAAAACAAUGAAGUUGGAUUCGCUAAGUUAAAAUGAUAGGAAAACAAAACUUUGAAUUAUUUAUGAUAUUGUAAUUGUAUUUAUUAUAAAUUCCAAAUCGGAUAGAAUAAAACAUUUUAAUUUUUAUAAGUACAUUGUGAUAAAUAAUGGGAAUACAUUUGUGGAAUAAUAUGAUAAUAGUAUGAUGUAAUUUAGAUUAGGAUGUAUAACCAUAAAAUCAAAAUACUUGUGUUUGAUUUCUGAAUUAGAAGUAUACGAAUGACAUAAAGCUCAUUUCCAAAGAUUUAG